AACAAUUAGACUAUUUUUAUAAAUAAUUUUCACACGGCUGAAGAAAUGUACGCACUCCAUCGUAUGAAUCGAGGUCUUUUGGCACGAAACGUAAUAUUGCAUUGUACAAUACUCCUGAUAAUGUUUAAUCUGUAAGCGGUUUAGCUCACUGAGGCGCGCGGCUCUUGUCCUAUAUUCAUCAUGGCGAGUGUUGCAGCAGCGCCUGCAUCAGAUACGAGCGCUCCAUCUCUUAAGGCUUCUGCCAAGGAUUGCGCCACCAAUGGCAUGGCAGAGUGGGAUGUCAGCUUCAAGGCAGCUGAUACAGUCAUUGAGCUUGCUGUGGACCGAAAGGCCAAGCCCGAUCUGACCAACCUGGCAUUUGGGACAGUCUUCACUGAUCACAUGCUGACCAUUGAGUGGACCAGCGCUGAAGGCUGGCAGAAACCUCACAUCUGCCCCUUCCGCAACCUGUCCAUCCACCCAGCAUGCUCUGCCCUGCACUACGCUGUGGAGCUGUUUGAGGGCAUGAAGGCGUACCGGGGUGCCAACGGCGUGGUGCGUCUCUUCAGGCCGAUGCUCAACAUGAAGCGGAUGCUGAAGUCAGCUGAGCGAGGCAGCCUUCCUAGUUUUGAUGGGGCAGAGCUGCUGGAAUGUAUUAGGAAGUUGGUGGAGCUUGAACAGGACUGGGUCCCUCAGUCCGACACUGCCAGCCUCUAUAUCCGUCCCACCUUCAUGGGCACCGAGCCCUCGCUGGGUGUGAAGAAGCCCUCCCGUGCCCUGCUCUUUGUCAUCCUCAGUCCGGUUGGGUCGUACUUCAGCACUGGUGCUAAGCCUGUUUCCCUGUGGGCCGACCCCAAGUACAUCCGGGCCUGGAGAGGAGGAACCGGAGACUGCAAGAUGGGAGGGAACUACGGGGCCUCGAUCUAUGCUCAGUCAGAAGCGGUUGAACUCGGGUGUCAGCAGGUUCUUUGGCUGUAUGGAGAAGACCAUCAGAUCACAGAGGUUGGCACCAUGAACCUCUUCCUCUACUGGAUCAAUGAAGAUGGAGAGGAGGAGCUGGCGACCCCGCCCCUAGACGGAAUAAUUCUGCCAGGCAUCACACGCCAGAGCAUCCUGGAGCUCACCCGCAAAUGGGGGGAGUUUAAAGUGUCUGAGCGCUAUCUGACUAUGAUGGACCUGCGUCGUGCUCUGAAGGAAGACCGUGUUAAGGAGAUGUUUGGUUCUGGUACUGCCUGUGUGGUGAGCCCGGUGGGACGGAUUCUGUACCAGGGAGAGAAUCUACUCAUCCCCUGCCUGGGAGAACACCCUCCAUUAGCCUCCAGACUGCUGAAGGAACUCACAGAUAUCCAGUAUGGUCGGACACCCAGUGACUGGACCUAUCUGGUGUAGUCUCCGCCAGCACUAAAGAGUCCAGGACAGAGUGGGUGUGUCCCUGUCACCUCAUAUGUUGUUGAACACUCUCUCAUUGCACUAACCUUUUAAUGAAUUAGCUUUUCCCCUGUACCAGCCUAUGUUAAUAGGUUUAAUGAGCUAUUCCAACAGCAAUAAUUAGAAUACAAUGUACAGCACAUGGUAACAACAUGUGAACAUGACACUACAGUAUUUUGCUUUGGCACUACAAUAUUAUUAGCUUCUUUACCACACACAGGUGACAACACAUAGUCACAGCUAAUUACAUUCACUUAAAUUAGCACACUCCUUCACAGCUAUUAAUACUCACAGAUAAUUCCCUCUCUCACAGAUAUGCACAUUUUCUCAUAGAUAAGCACAUUUGUAAAGAAUUGUAUCACUCACAGUAAAGUACACUUACUCUAGGGUAAUCUCCCUCACUCACAGAUAAGCACAUUCUCUUAGAGAUAAGCACAUUUGUAAAGAAUUGUAUCACUCACAGUAAAGUACACCUACUCUAGGGUAAUCUCCCUCACUUGCAGAUAAGCACAUUCUCUUAGAGAUAAGCACAUUUGUUACCACAUGUACUGACAGAUAAUCAGAGAGUAAUUUAUUUGCAUGAAGAGUAACUCUGUUGAGAAAUG